AUGCCACCUUACGGCAGCACGGAUGAUGCUGAAUAUAAUAACCUGACAACAGCACAGGAAGCGAUUCGAAUCGAUCACGACGUUCUUCAAGCCAAUCAACCUGGCUAUGGCACACGUAACAAAGUGGAAGUUGCGUUUAAUCUUGUCAAUGCUACCGUGGGUGCUGGGAUUAUCGGCCUUCCUUUUGCUAUAUACCAUGCUGGUCUUAUCUUUGGACUAGUAGCCUCCAUCUUUGUCGCAUUGAUUUCACAGCUGGGCCUUUACAUGCUGAUAACGGCUGGUCAUCGAGUACACAUUUACAAGUAUGCGGAUCUUGUGGAGUAUUUACUUGGAAGACCUGGUUUUUGGUUCUUGAAUACGACUCUUCUCCUUCAAUCGAUUGGCAUCACGAUCAGCUAUUACAUAUUGCUUGGAGACACCAUUCCAUCCGUACUCUCACUUUACUUUCCCCAAUACUCCUUUUUGAAAAGCAGAUCAACAGUCAUUUGUCUGGUUUCAAUCUUUUUGGUGUUCCCACUUAAUCUGCCACGAUCAAUAGGGCGAUUGGCGCGAUGGUCGAUUGUGUCUGUACUCUGUAUCCCGUUGAUUAUCGUUGUCAUUCUCGUUCGGGCCCCAGCUUAUGUCGAUGACGACCAUACACUUCCUAUUACAGUCACUGGUCCCAACGUGUGUAGUGCAUUGGGCAUUAUUGCGUUUGCUUUCGCGUGUCCUCAUGUGGCUUUCAGCAAUUAUCUCAGCCUUGCAGAUCAAAGUGCUCGUGGAUGGUAUCAGACUACUGUGCUUGCAACGACUAUGAGUUGGGUGAUUUCGAUGGUGUUCGCUGUUACAGGCUUUUUUGUGUUUGGAUACGACGUCAAAUCCAAUGUUUUUCUCAACUUUGCCACCGACGAUAUCAUUAUCAACAUUGGGCGCCUUGCACUUGGUAUCAGCAUGAUACUUACUAUUCCAAUGGGGACCUAUCCUACUCGUGAAUGUAUUUUGAAAUACUUUGGCUUAGAACAUCAUCCAAGUCAAGUCUUGCAUUGGGUGGUGACAAUAUUGGUUUCGAUCAUGCUGCUUUAUUUUGGUGUCACCAUACGCAAUCUGGGUAAUGUCUACGCAUUGGUAGGAGCCUUGGCGGCGACGAGCCUUGCUUGGAUCAUCCCUGGCGGUGCAUACCUCAUGACCAACAAGACCAAGAGCAUAAAAUCGAUCCAGCAAUCAGAACGUGAAGCCCUUGUAUCAUCUGCUGGUCCCCAAACCUCGUCAUCCAGGGUACUUACAUUAGCAGCUGGUCUGUUGAUCGGUUGGGGUGUACUUGUGAUGAUCCUGUGUUGCGCUAGUAUAGUGGUUUUAUAG